AGCCACGAUCUCUUCCGGCAACAAAGAAGCUGUAUAAAUAAGCAGCUGGGAGCAACUUUGCAGACCCCAUAAGGAACGGGAGAACGAAGAAACUCAGAAACGCGGGAAAAGGCUUAGAAGAACGUAAAAGCAAGAAGCAGCAAAGGAAAUACCGGCGACAACAAUUGUACGACAGAGAGAAAAAAAGAACAGAUCACUGUAGAGGAAAUUUGGAGGAUGCAAACUAAGCAUCUUUGCUAAAGUAAACAGGAGAAUCUUGUAUUGAAGGAGUCGAUUAAACAUCUCUCCCACUCUUCUGCUACAACAACCGAAGCGGGGCCAGUGAGGUUUGGCCACCACGAAGUGACGUUUCCACUACUUUGUUUAUAACAGAGGUAGCGUUGUUUCUGUGCCUGAAAAGAUGCCAUUUUUGGGUCAGGAUUGGAGAUCUCCCGGCCAGAAUUGGAUCAAAACUGACAAUGGCUGGAAAAGGUCCAACGAUGAAACAAAUAAUAAUGUCACGCCGCUGAACAGUUUCUGUGAUGAAGAGGAGUUUAAUAAGGAGAACUUCUUGAACAGUGUUGGUUAUGAUAUGAUGACAAAGAAGAGAAAGAAGGAUCUGCUGAACAACAACACAAAAAUCCAAUAUUUCCACCAAGAGACUUGGAUUUCUGUUCACAAAGGAAGUACGAAAGAGCGUCAUGGAUAUUGCACUUUGGGUGAAGCUUUCAACCGUUUGGAUUUUUCCAGUGCAAUAUUGGAUACCAGAAGAUUUCACUAUGUUGUGAGGUUGCUGGAACUCAUUGCGAAAUCUCAGCUCACGUCCCUCAGUGGGAUUGCCCAGAAAAACUACAUGAACAUUCUGGAGAAAGUUGUACAAAAAGUGCUUGAAGACCAGCAGGAUAUCCGACUAAUUAAGGAGCUGCUGAAUAGCCUAUACACAACUCUGUGUGCGCUGGUGAAUGGUGUGGGCAAGUGCGUUUUGGUGGGGAACAUAAAUACCUGGGUCUGCAGAAUGGAGGUCAUUAUGCACUGGCAGCAGCAACUGAACAACAUUCAUAUCAUCAGGCCUUUGAAUACGGGGCUGACCCUCACAGACCUACCAAUGUGUCUGCAGUUGAACAUCAUGGAAAGGUUGGCUGAUGGGAGAGACAUUGUCAAUCUGGGACAGGUGUCUCCAACCCUGCAAGUGCUGAGUGAAGAUCGCCUUCUCUGGAAGAGACUGUGCCGCUAUCACUUCACAGAACGUCAGAUUCGCAAACGACUCAUUUUAUCUGAAAAAGGCCACUUGGAUUGGAAGAAGAUGUAUUUUAAGCUCAGCAGAUGCUACCCAAGGAAGGAACAGUAUGGGGACACACUACAGUUCUGUCGACAUUGUCAUAUCCUCUUUUGGAAGGAUACAAAUCACCCUUGCACAUCCAAUGACCCAGAAGGUUCUUACACUGCUGUCUCACCUCUUGAUUUCAUCAGUCUUUUCAAGUUCUGAACAUGGAGGUUCCAGAGGACUCCCGCUGUGGAAAAUAAAAAGUUUCCACUGAAAAUUGAGAGUGAUUGACUUUGUGUACUUCUCUUUUAAAUGUGUAAAUAAUGUACAAUAAUAUUUAUACCUCCUUUUGUACAGUGAAACUGACAUGGAGGUUGAUUAUGUUUUUUUGUUAAAUAUAAAGUUAUCUAUGGUUUGUAAAUAUCCUGAAGGGUGAUGCAUGAGCAGAAAGUUACUGAAACAAUGCUUUUUGCCUGAAGAGUAAAGUCAGAUCAUGCUGUUAAAUAGGUUAUAGAGCAUCAUGGGAAUGCAACAGGUAGUCGGAUAUAUUUUCUUCUAAAAUGGGAUUGAUAUGUGUGGUGGGAGCAAUGCACAGAGAGAGUCCAGUCAACGUGCUACCCGUUUGACGUGCAGAACCAUUUUGCUCUCAAACUGGCUUCUGCUUAUUUCACUACUUGGUGCACUGUUAAUUCCGAAUUGCAAGUUGAUUCGCUUUCCCAUAUGGUUAGUAUGGGACAUCAUUGGGUAGUAUGAAUGCGACUAACAACUGUUCUGUUUAAUUAUUGGUACUGGUGGUCAAAAGGGGCAACUGCUUGAUAACAACUUCAGUUGUGAGCAAUUCUGCUGUAAGAAUUUUUAAAUUGUGAUUAGCAUCGCGGCUAUUCUUUCAAUUAUGUUUUUGUACCAUUUUUAUAUAAUAUCUCAUAGUUGUGUUAGAUUGUAACGUGGGUGCUGGAUUGAAAGUUACCUUUCAUGCUUUACAUUGUUAAAGACAUUGAAUAUAAAUGCCAACUGCUGUUGGCACUCUAGAGUGGGGGAAUUGUAUAUAGAGAUUGUGCAAUAAUGGAGAAGUGAUAAGGAGUGAGUAAGGGAGACAUUUUAGUUACGAUGUCAGGCAGGGGUCCAAUGCAUUUUCCUGGUUAAAUCAUGAUUUAAUAUAUGCAGCAAGCAGUUGGCAUUGAAUCACAGCUGGUUGCUAGCUCGCCUGAGCAAGGAUGGGGAGCAGGUAUAGAAAUCUGGUGACCGUAUACUUCUGCAGGAAGUGUCAAUAAAAGAGUGAGAGUGGAUGAACCUCAAGCACAAUUUAUUGCUGAAAAAGAGAGAUAUGAUGUUGAAGAUUUUCAUCUUGCACUUAUCUGAACACACUAAAAUACCAAAUUUCAAAGAGCAACAAUAUAUACUGCAUAAGAAAAUCAGCACCCUCUUUUCAUCCAGUAUAAGUUCUUGCUCCCUUUGAAAUUAGGCAUUCUUGCACCUGUCCCGAUACGUGCAGGUCAUAAUCUUAGGUAAUAGGUCUCUUCUUAGCAAUGCUGUAUAUAGUCAAGUGAUUAUAAUACUUUAGUUAUAUUUUCAACCACUAACAUCCAAUGGUCACCAAUUCUGUAGAAUUGCUCUGGAGUCAUUAGGAACUGAAGGCAAAACUCCAGUUGGACAAAUUUGUGGUGGCAGCAAAAGGUUGUGUGCUUUUCUUUUCCAUUGUUUUGUUUUCUUUGAAAACAUUUUGAUAACUCAUUUUUUAAAAAAUUGUAGGUGUAAAGAUAGAUUGACUGGUAGUCAAAAGUUAUCCAAUUGGGGCUCAAAGAGGCUACUUGCAUUCAUUGUGCGAUGAUACCGUAAUGAUGGUUUCAUUGAGUCAGGGUGGUGUUUGACAGCUGCUGGUCAUAUGAUGCCUCCAAAAAUGUGUUCCAAGGAGAGUGGGCAGUCCUUCCAUCUAUGCCAAAAGCAAUGGGGUAAUGGACAGACGUGGCUCACCAUCAACUACCACCAUAAUCCACUCCUGUUAAUGUAGACAAGAGUCUAAGUUGAAGUCACCUUUUUGUUAGUUUCUGCAUAAAAAUGUUCCAGUCUGCAUAUCAGAAUAAUAUGGGCAUUGGAAGAAUGUCAGGGCUUAUAUGAAAAAGUGCUUGCGGAAUAUGAUUAUUAAGUUUACAUAUUCUCAGUUUGUUACACUGGCUUUUGUAAAGGCAACAAUGAUACUACUGUACAGCUGACUAUACUGUUAUUACUAACUAUAGAUGACCACUGUAUUACCUUCACCUAUUUACGCAAUUCACUAUAUUAAAUUAAAUAUAGAUAUACAGUUGACCUUUAAUUAUGUCAAGCCUUAUACAUCCACAGCUUGUUUUAUAUGUAACCUGAUGACAGUAAACCCAAGAGGAAGAUAUGUUCAUGGGUUCAUGCUGAAUAGUGGAAACCGAAGCAAAGAUAACUUUAGUUCAGCGAUACAUUUAAACAGGAACUACUGUCAAUAUUUACUUUUUUAUCCACAGAAUACUCUUAGCAAUUUGGAGUGCAAUUGCUGUGUUAGCUAUACAUUGAGCAAGUUAACGGCUGAUAAUUUUUGGUCAUAAUAUCACCAACUAAAUUCUUGAAGUGAGUUUGAGUUCACUUUUUCCACGUUUAAGGGAUGAUUUGAUGAAAGCUUUCAAGAUGUUAAGGAGAAUGAUAGGGUAGAUGAACUAUUUCUACUAGCUGCCAAAUCAAGAACAAAGGCCAUUGUCUAAAAAUUAGCAAGAGUUUUCAGAAAGAAAAAUGGGAAACGCUCCUUCACAUGAGGUCAUGUAAGUUUAGAACUCUCUUCCACAAAUGCCUGAUGAUGCUAGCUUAUUUGUUAAACUUAAUUCUGAGGUGAACAACUUAUUGUGAGCCAAACAUAGAAGGGAAUAGGGGUAAAGGCAGUAUGUGGAGUUAGAUUGCAGAUCAGCCAUGAUCCCAAUAACUGAUGGAAUAGGCUCAUCAGGAUAAAUUACCUCCUAGUUUUGUCUGGAAAUACUCAAUGGCUUAAGUAGUAGCUGUAGAUGGAGAAACAGUUCACAUUUUCAGGUCAGUUAUCUUUCAUCAGCAGUAAUUUGCUUCUCUUUAUUAGAAUAUAGCUUAUUUGAUGGUUGUGGUGAGAGGGGGUCUGUUUGUUGAGUUUGAUGUCCAACUUUAACCCCUUUAUAGCCCAUGGGGCUUUACUUUUACAUGGAUCCUUACUUCGUGCAAUAGUGUAAAUCAGAUGGGAUGGAAUUAACGCCUAGCUUUGGAACUCUGUUUCAUUUCCAACAGAGAUAACUUGAUUUUAAAAAGCUGCAUAUUUGAUUCUUAACAAUCUAAGCUUUCUGUUGAGUGUGUCUUGUAUUACACUGGCUAUGGUAGAACACUGUGUAUUUGGGUGGGUCACCCACACAGUUCAUCUGAUAAUCUGCACAUUGUCCGAGUGGUAGGAGGUCAUUAAAUCAAUAGUUGUAAUCCUGAAACACUGCAGUAUAUGUCAGAAAAGUGUUUUGAAUAAGCAAAUAUUGCAACUCCGCUGGCAAGUCUUGAAUCCAUUGUCAGGUGACAUUUUCCUGUAAAACUAAUUUUUCUUUUUGUUUUUCACUCUGGAAUUGCUGGAUUUCUUUUGGACGCGGCAAAGAAUGAUUUUAACUUUGGUGACUUAUGAAUCAGAGGUUAAUUCAUGCAUUUAAAUUCAGUGCUGUUACUUGAUUUCAGUGAUUAUUAAGAGGAAACCUGUUUCUGAUUUUCAGAGAUCGCGGUUUGCUGUUUUCAUCAAGUUUCUACCUAAUCACUACAAUGCUGGUUUUUAUUCAUCGGAGCUGCUGUAUGCAGCUCCAGAUAUUAAUCUUCCUGUUUUUUUUAAUCUCAGGAAUUUUAUACCUAUAACUCCAGUGCAGUUGAAGCGUAACUUGUUUUUUGCAUGUUAAACAGUGAUGCAUUUGCAUUGACUUUAUAUAUAGUCUCUGCAGAGACACAUUGUAAGCUUUUGAACAUCUGUAAAUUAGUAGCACUAUACUCUGAUGUAAAAUACUUUUGUAAAUUUUUAAUUGAUAUCUUUUUAAUAAAUUGAUAUCUUUAAAAUUUA